AAUGAACGCGCUUAGAGACGCGCUGAGCAAUCGGACUUCCAUGCAUUUCAUCUGUGGGUAAAUGAUUCAAGUGAGAUUUACGCGUGUUCGCAAUGCAUCAACGCGAGCCCUCCAGAGCCCAAUUUUACCACGCAUUCAUGAUGGUAUUGUAGUUCUUCUUUUUCUUGCCAUCACAAGUCCAAUCAUCAAACUUCUUCCUUGAGCCAACACAAGGCAUACAUCAUGCCAAGAGCAUCUCAAUCAGGGCCUUCGGGCACUGCAUCUGUACGACAAGGUAGAUCGAGUGCAAUUCAAUCUUUUCGACCUAGCAAUGCCGAUUCGCAAACCCAUCAAUAUGAUCCACACGGAAAUUCAAACGAGAAACGACAAGUACGAGCACGUUAUCGUAAUAUAAUUUCAGAGAAUCAAACUAAGCGUGGAAAUUUAGCUGAUAUUAAGCCGAAAGAUCUUAACAAGACUAUAGAAGAAAGCAAUCAGCUAUUCGAAAAAGUCAAAGCACCGGCAGAAAGUGUUUUGGAUUCCAGAGCUCUAGUCAGCACUUCGGAAAUGGGUGCGCAAUUGGCCAAGAGUAUGAAAGUUGGCAGUGAAUUUGAGAUUGAAUCAUUUUUGGGAUUGGCAUGUAGAUUGAUGGGAGGUAAAUUGCAAUCUGCAGGCUUGGAAGAUGAUGACGAUGAUGAUGAUGAUAUGGAGGGUGAUCCCUCGACGUGGAAAUGGGAAUUGUUGGGAUUCGAAGCGGCAAAAUAUUCUCGAAGGGCAGCAAUCGCAGAUCACCUUUUAGGACCCCUCGAUGUCAAAUUCACAAAACGAAAUGUGUCCAAAAGAACGGUCGCUGAAAAGAAAGGUCCAGAAGUGCGACCGGAACAACUUCAAGCUCAAGAGAUCGCAAACAACAAUAAUGAAACCUCGGAUGUUGUUAAAGCGAUUGCUAAGCAAUUGGAAAAGGUCGGCAAAGGUAAAGGUGUCAAUUUAUUCGAAUUCGCCAUCGACCCGGACAGCUUUAGCAACACUGUCGAAAAUUUAUUCCAUAUCAGUUUCUUGAUCCGAGAUGGAAUAGCUUCCAUUGACACAGAAACUGAGGAUGAAGAGCCAAUUUUACUAGGAUGUUCGCCACCACUAGAGGAAGAUUACCAAAAUGGUCUGACCAAACGUCAAAUCGUGAUGGAAUUGGAUGUGAAAACAUGGCGAGGCUUGGUGGAAGCGUACAACAUCAAAGAAGCUAUGAUCAGGCACGUCAAUACAGACACUUCGCAUACUGCCGAUACAUGGGCUGCAAGACCCAAUCGAAGGACGCCAAGUCGUUCUCAAAGUCGUUCCCAAAGUCGUUCCCAGAGAUGAAGAGAUUGCUUUACCAUGAUUGUACAUUAACUAAACACACAAUACCCUUCAUGCUUCU